CAGCAGGCGCCCCAGGAGCUGUAGCCGCCGCAGCCGCAGCCGCCAAGGGGCGAGGUCGCCGCCAUGGCCCGCUGGAUCCCGACCAAGCGGCAGAAGUACGGAGUUGCGAUCUAUAACUACAAUGCCUCUCAAGAUGUGGAGCUCUCCCUGCAGAUUGGAGACACGGUUCACAUCCUGGAGAUGUAUGAGGGUUGGUACAGAGGAUAUACCCUCCAAAAUAAAGCUAAAAAGGGCAUUUUCCCUGAAACGUAUAUCCAUUUGAAAGAGGCAACUGUGGAAGACCGAGGGCAGCACGAGACCGUGAUUCCUGGUGAACUCCCACUGGUGCAGGAGCUCACGUCCACCCUGCGAGAAUGGGCUGUCAUCUGGCGCAAGCUCUAUGUGAACAACAAAGUCACACUCUUCCGCCAUCUGCAGCAGAUGACGUACAGCCUGAUCGAGUGGCGGUCCCAGAUCCUGUCUGGAACGCUCCCCAAGGAUGAACUGGCGGAGCUCAAGAAGAAGGUCACAGCCAAAAUCGAUCAUGGAAACAGAAUGCUUGGGUUAGAUUUGGUGGUGCGAGAUGACAAUGGAAACAUCUUGGACCCGGAUGAAACUAGCACCAUUGCCCUCUUCAAGGCCCAUGAAAUGGCCUCCAAAAGGAUUGAGGAAAAGAUCCAAGAAGAAAAGUCGAUGCUGCAGAACCUGGACCUACCGGGCCAGCCCGUCUUCAGCUCCGUCCAUACCUGUGGCCUCUACGUGAACUUCAAGAACUUUGUUUGCAACAUCGGGGAAGACCCCUCAUUAAAAAUCAUUGUUUUCUCCUUCACCAGUGAGAACUAUCUAAUUCGCUGGGGCAGUAAUGGGAUGCCCAAGGAAAUCGAGAAGCUUAAUAACCUCCAAGUGGUCUUCACUGACCUCAGCAGUGCAGACCUCAUUCGUCCCCGCAUGAGCCUCGUGUGUCAGAUUGUCCGGGUGGGCCACAUGGAGCUGAAGGAGGGCAAAAAGCACACCUGUGGGCUCCGUCGGCCUUUUGGAGUAGCAGUGAUGGAUAUUACUGAUAUCAUACGUGGGAAGGUAGAUGAUGAAGAAAAGCAGCAUUUCAUCCCUGUUCAGCAAAUUGCCAUGGAAACCUAUAUCCGGCAGAGGCAGCUAAUCAUGUCCCCUCUGAUAACAUCCCAUGUGAUCGGGGAGAAUGAGCCACUCACUUCAGUCUUGAAUAAAGUGAUAGCAGCGAAGGAAGUGAACCACAAAGGACAAGGACUUUGGGUGUCCUUGAAGCUAUUGCCAGGUGACCUCACGCAAGUUCAGAAGAAUUUUUCACACUUGGUGGAUAGAUCAACAGCAAUUGCCCGAAAAAUGGGCUUUCCGGAAAUAAUACUUCCAGGAGAUGUCCGGAAUGACAUCUAUGUCACCCUGAUUCACGGAGAGUUUGACAAAGGGAAAAAGAAGACGCCAAAGAACGUGGAGGUGACCGUGUCUGUGUAUGAUGACGAAGGCAACCCCUUAGAGAAAGCCAUUCAUCCUGGUGCUGGAUAUGAAGGUGUUUCAGAGUACAAAUCAGUAGUCUAUUACCAAGUCAAGCAGCCCUGCUGGUAUGAGACGGUCAAGGUAUCCAUUGCUAUAGAAGAGGUUGCUCGCUGCCACAUAAGGUUUACCUUCCGACACCGAUCAUCACAGGAAUCCAGAGAUAAAUCGGAGCGAGCCUUUGGGGUGGCCUUCGUGAAACUGAUGAACCCGGAUGGCACCACCCUGCAGGAUGGGAGGCACGAUCUGGUGGUUUAUAAGGGUGACAACAAGAAAAUGGAAGAUGCUAAAUACUACCUGACCCUACCUGGAACCAAGCUAGAGAUGGAAGAAAAAGAGCUCCAAGCAUCCAGAACCCUGGGCAACUUUACCCCAAACAAGGAUAGCACAAAAGAUAGCUUUCAGAUUGCCACUCUCAUUUGUUCCACAAAGCUCACCCAGAACGUUGACCUGUUGGGCUUGUUAAAUUGGCGUUCAAACUCCCAGAACAUUAAACACAACUUAAAGAAGUUAAUGGAGGUAGAUGGAGGAGAGAUUGUUAAGUUUUUGCAGGAUACACUAGAUGCACUUUUUAACAUAAUGAUGGAAAUGUCAGACAAUGAAACGUAUGACUUCCUUGUGUUUGAUGCCCUGGUAUUUAUUAUUUCACUGAUAGGAGACAUCAAGUUCCAGCAUUUUAAUCCUGUCCUGGAAACCUACAUUAACAAGCACUUCAGUGCCACCUUGGCCUAUGUGAAACUCUCCAAGGUACUGAACUUUUAUGUGGCUAAUGCAGGUGACUCCAGCAAGACAGAAUUGCUUUUUGUGGCUUUGAAAGCCUUAAAGUACUUGUUUAGAUUCAUCAUCCAAUCGAGAGUACUCUACUUGAGGUUUUAUGGCCAAAGUGAAGAUGGAGAUGAAUUCAAUAAUUCAAUCCGCAAGUUAUUUCUCUCUUUUAAUAACCUAAUGGACAGGCCUCUGGAGGAAGCUGUCAAGAUCAAGGGGGCAGCUUUGAAGUACCUUCCUCGCAUAAUUAAUGAUGUCAAACUUGUGUUUGAUCCUGCUGAGCUCAGCGAGCUCUUCUGCAAAUUCAUUCAAAGCAUUCCUGACAACCAGCUAGUUCACCAGAAACUUAACUGCAUGACCAAGAUAGUAGAGAGUAAUCUUUUUCAGCAGCCGGAGUGCAGAAAGGUGCUCCUGCGGCUACUGAUAGAUCAGCUCAGCGGCCAGUUAGAUGACAGCUCCAGCAAGCCUGACCAUGAGGCAAGCUCGCAGCUGCUGAGCAACAUCCUGGAAGUGCUGGACAGAAAGGAUGUGGGUCCCACGGCAGAUCACAUACGGCAGGUGAUGGAGCGGCUGCUGAGAAGGAUCAACCGGACCGUGAUCAAGAUGAGCCGAGAGUCUCCCCACAUCGGGAGUUUUGUUGCCUGCAUGAUCGCCAUCCUUCGGCAAAUGGAUGACAGCCACUACGUCCACUAUAUCAGCACUUUCAAAACCAAGCAAGACAUCAUGGACUUCCUCAUGGAAACUUUUAUCAUGUUUAAGGAUCUGAUUGGAAAGUAUGUGUACGCCAGAGACUGGAUGGUCAUGAAUAUGACUCAGAGCAGGGUUUUCCUCCGUGCUAUAAAUCAGUUUGCUGAGGUUCUCACAAGGUGCUUCAUGGAUCAGACAAGCUUUGAACUUCAGCUCUGGAACAAUUACUUUCAUUUGGCAGUAGCAUUUCUCACCCACGAGUCCCUUCAGCUUGAAACCUUCUCACAAGCCAAACGCACCAAAAUUGUAAAAAAAUACGGGGACAUGAGAAAGGAAAUCGGCUUUCGGAUCCGGGACAUGUGGUAUAACCUGGGUCCCCACAAAAUCAAAUUCAUCCCAUCCAUGGUGGGUCCCAUUCUGGAGGUCACAUUGACCCCUGAAAUAGAGCUUCGGAAAGCCACCAUCCCCAUUUUCUUUGAUAUGAUGCAGUGUGAGCUCAAUUUCAGUGGAAAUGGCAAUUUCCAUAUGUUUGAGAAUGAGUUGAUCACAAAGCUGGACCAAGAAGUAGAAGGGGGCAGAGGAGAUGAGCAGUACAAGGUCCUUCUGGAAAAACUGCUCCUAGAACAUUGCCGGAAACAUAAAUACCUCUCCAGCUCUGGAGAAGUGUUUGCGCUCCUGGUCAGCAGCCUCUUAGAGAAUCUCCUGGACUACAGAACCAUCAUCAUGCAUGAUGAGAGCAAGGAAAACCGGAUGAGCUGCACUGUUAAUGUGCUGAAUUUUUAUAAAGAAAAGAAGAGAGAGGACAUAUACAUAAGAUACUUGUACAAGCUGCGGGAUUUGCAUCGAGACUGUGAGAACUACACGGAAGCUGCCUACACGCUGCUCUUACACGCCGAGCUUCUGCAGUGGUCUGACAAGCCCUGUGCGCCCCAUUUGCUUCAGAGGGACAGUUACUAUGUUUAUACCCAGCAAGAGCUUAAAGAGAAGCUGUAUCAAGAAAUCAUAUCCUAUUUUGACAAAGGCAAAAUGUGGGAGAAGGCGAUCAAACUGAGCAAAGAGCUGGCUGAGACAUACGAGAGCAAAGUGUUUGACUACGAGGGCCUGGGCAAUCUCCUGAAAAAAAGAGCCUCGUUUUAUGAGAACAUCAUUAAGGCCAUGAGGCCUCAGCCUGAAUACUUUGCUGUUGGAUACUACGGACAGGGCUUUCCUUCUUUCCUUCGGAAUAAAAUCUUCAUCUACCGGGGGAAGGAGUAUGAGAGACGAGAAGACUUCAGCCUGAGGUUGCUGACCCAGUUCCCCAAUGCCGAGAAGAUGACCAGCACCACACCCCCGGGAGAGGAAAUUAAGUGCUCCCCAAAGCAGUACAUGCAAUGUUUCACUGUCAAGCCAGUGAUGAGCCUGCCUCCCAGCUACAAGGAUAAACCAGUUCCAGAGCAGAUCAUAAACUAUUAUAGAGCCAACGAAGUGCAGCAGUUCCAGUAUUCCCGCCCAUUCCGGAAAGGAGAAAAGGAUCUUGACAAUGAAUUUGCUACCAUGUGGAUUGAAAGGACCACAUAUACGACCGCGUAUACCUUUCCCGGGAUUCUCAAGUGGUUUGAAGUCAAACAGAUAUCAACAGAAGAAAUCAGCCCUCUGGAGAACGCCAUCGAAACCAUGGAACUCACCAAUGAGAGGAUCGGCAACUGCGUUCAGCAGCAUACCUGGGACCGGUCGCUCUCUGUGCAUCCUCUCUCCAUGCUGCUCAAUGGCAUCGUGGACCCGGCCGUCAUGGGGGGAUACUCCAACUACGAAAAGGCUUUUUUUACAGAGAAGUAUUUGCAGGAACAUCCCGAAGACCAGGAGAAGAUUGAGAUGCUAAAGCGACUGAUAGCGUUACAGAUGCCGCUGCUGACGGAGGGAAUCCGCCUCCAUGGGGAGAAGCUGACCGAGCAGCUCAAGCCGUUGCACGACCGCUUGUCCUCUUGCUUCCAGGAACUCAAGGAGAAAGUGGAAAAGCUCUAUGGGGUUAUAACACUGCCAUCCAACUUGACUGAGAGGAAGAAAAGCCGCACGGGGUCCAUUGUGCUACCCUACAUCAUGUCAUCUACGCUGCGGAGACUGUCCGUCACCUCGGUGACAUCCUCUGUGGUUUCCUCCUCUUCUAACUCAUCUGACAAUGCCCCUUCCAGACCAGCAUCUGAUGGGUCAAUCCUGGAGCCACUUCUAGAGCGCAGGGCCUCGUCCGGUGCCAGGGUUGAAGAUCUGCCCCUCAGAGAGGACAGUGAGAACCGGAUCAGCAAGUUCAAGAGAAAAGAAUGGAACCUGAGCAAGUCCCAGGUCAUUGCAGAGAAACCGCAAGAACCGGAUCUGAUGAGCCCAUCCAGGAAAGGACAAAGGCCAAAGAGUCUCCAGUUGUCGGACAAUCGGCUGACACCGUUUCAGGGUUCUUCACCUCCUCCGUCAACACCCUUGAGCCCACCUCCACUCACUCCUAAAGCCACCAGGACCCUAAGCUCCCCGUCGUUGCAGACAGACGGGCUGAUGAGUGCUACUGUGCCACCUCCCCCUCCCCCCAAAAGCAAGCCCUACGAGAGCAGCCAGAGGAACUCCACGGAGAUUGCUCCCCCGCUGCCUGUGCGAAGAGAAGCCAAAGUCCCACCCCCACCACCUCCCAAAGCUCGGAAAUCUGGCGUCCUUUCUUCUGAGCCUGGAUCCCAAUAAGGAUCUUGUUCUCCCUCUGAAACUCAAAGCACCUUGGACAACUGAUGCCAUAGGACUGGCCUCCAGGAGGCGGUGUCCUCAUUACACC